UGCUGUGACGUCUUUCAGAGUCUUGUGAUGGCUCAGCCCUGAGUACAAGGCCUAUAAAAUGAUGGGCUUUGAACUGCUGGUCAAGGUAGAGUGUAAGCAGCUGCUGGCAAUAACCCUUAGCCAGAACAAGGUCUGAUUCAACUCUAACUGGUGGAGCCUUUCUUGGAUUCACGGGACUUCAACACCUGAGACAGCUCCAACCUUCUGUGGAACAGAAGGCUCUCCAAGAACCCUCCUAGGCAAGGUGCAGAGAUGGAAUCCAGAAGGACACCCCAGCUCAUCCUGCUCCUGCUCCUUUCUAGCACGCUCUUCUCUCAAACAUUGGCGUGGCCUCUUUUCGGAGCACCUUCUGCUCUGAGGUUGGGUGACAGAAUAUCCUAUGAAGGAGAAGAUGAACCUGACCAAGCUUCAUUAAAAGUAGACACUGACAUCUUGCAAAAUGCCUUAGCUGAAAAUGGCACACCCUAUUAUGAUGCAUCUAGGAAUACCAGACAUGCUGAUGGAGUUUUCACCAGUGACUAUAGCAAACUCUUGGGUCAACUUUCUGCCAAAAAAUACCUUGAGUCUCUUGUUGGAAAACGCUUUGGCAAUGACAUCUCAGAAGGCCAGGGGCCAAUCAAACGGCAUUCGGAUGCGGUCUUCACUGACAACUAUACGCGCCUUCGGAAACAAAUGGCUGUGAAGAAAUACUUGAACUCAAUCCUGAAUGGGAAGAGGAGCACUGAGGGGGAAUACCCUGACAUUUUUGAAGAGCUAGAAAAAUGAUGAAAAGGGUCCUUGAGGAAAGCUGGUG